UCCGGCGCCAGCUUGGGAGCCUCGGAGUUCUGGGGGGAGGGAAGUUGUCAAACGGAGGCCGAGGGAAAUGAGGCGGAGGCCGCCGAGAAGCGAGGAGCCCCGCCCCUCCACCAGAGCGGCCUCCCAGUGCCGCCUCUUCCGUUACAGCCUCCCGCCCUCCCCUGCCUUCCGGCCCUAGGCCGGGCCGGGCCUCGCUGGCCCCCUCGAGAGUAACCUCUGAGCCGUGGCCCCUUUGGGGAGAGGAGAUGCCCAAUCCCCGCUUGGGACUGUGUCCGAAAGGAAAGGGCUAGAACGGGCUUCGGACCCGGCUAGGCUGGCAGAAGGCGGCCCCUGCCUCGCGGCGGCCAGCAAGGCCUCUGGUCCUGAGGACCCUGGGUCCGAACACCACCACCACCCCCCGCCCGCCCGAGAGGAUGUUAGUCUUACCCAGAGAGUCCUGGGCUCCGAUUCAACAGUGUAGGCUACAAGUCUUCUGUGAUCGCUGGGUCUAGAGCGUGACUCUGGAGAAAGGAAAGGAAGAAUGGAAGCCUGGUGAAGAGGCAGAGAAGCCUGAGAGAGUUCAGCCCUGGCAGCAGCCCCCCUGAAUUCCUGGUGGUGAGAGGAUGUGGCCCCUGGACACAUCCCGGAAAGAGGUCCUGGGGUUUGCAGUCAGCUGCCGUGUCCUGACUCUGGUGCUGCAGGCUCUCUUCAAUGCCAUCAUCCCAGACCAUCAUGCAGAAGCCUUCUCUCCUCCUCGCCUCACCCCCUCCGGCUCUGUGGACCAACUUGUGGAAAGUCUCCUGGGCGGCCUAUCUCACUGGGAUGCUGAACACUUCCUGUUCAUUGCUGAGCAUGGCUACCUGUAUGAGCACAACUUUGCCUUCUUCCCUGGUUUCCCCCUGGUCCUGUUGGUGGGGACUGAAUUGCUGAGACCCCUGUGGGGGUUACUGAGCCUACGGAGUUGCCUGCUAAUCUCAGUAGCAUCGCUCAAUUCCUUGUUCUCCGUGCUGGCCGCACUUGCGCUUCAUGACCUGGGCUGUCUGGUUUUGCGCUGUCCCCGCCAGGCUUUUUAUGGAGCGCUGCUCUUCUGCCUCAGCCCCGCCAAUGUCUUCCUGGCGGCUGGCUACUCAGAAGCUUUGUUUGCCCUCCUGACAUUCAGCGCCCUGGGGCAGCUGGAAAGGGGCCGAAGCUGGACUAGUGGACUCCUCUUUGCCCUUGCCACUGGCGUGCGCUCCAACGGGCUGGUCAACGUUGGCUUCCUCGUGCAUUCUCAGUGCCGAGCCUUUUUCUCUUCUCUCGUGGUGCGGAAUCCCCUGAGACAGCUCUUGAAGCUGAUGGGCUCUGUGUUCCUGUCAGUGCUCACACUUAGCCUUCCCUUUGCCCUCUUUCAAUAUUACGCCUAUACCCAGUUCUGUCUGCCAGGCUCAGCCUACCCCAUUCCUGAGCCCUUGCUGCAAUUAGCUGUGGACAAGGGCUACCGAAUCGUAGAGGGAAAUGAGCCGCCUUGGUGCUCCUGGGAACUUCCCCUAAUAUACAGCUACAUCCAGGAUAUCUAUUGGAAUGUUGGCUUUUUGAGAUACUAUGAACUCAAGCAGGUGCCCAAUUUUCUACUGGCUGCACCAAUGGCUAUACUGGUUGCCUGGGCAACUUGGACAUAUGUGACCACCCAUCCUUGGCUCUGCCUUACACUUGGGAUGCAAAGGAGCAAGAACAAAGAGACCCCAGAGAAGCCUGGUCCUGGAUUCCUCAGUCCUCGGGUGUUUGUGUACCUAGUCCACGCUGCAGUGCUGCUGCUGUUCGGCAGUCUGUGCAUGCAUGUUCAGGUUCUCACCAGGUUUUUAUGCUCCUCCACUCCUAUCGUGUACUGGUUUUCAGCUCACUUGCUUCAGGAUCAAGAACCGCUGCUGAGAUCCCUAGAGACUGUGCCUUGGAAGCCUCUUUCAGGGGACUCCCCACCAGGACAAAAGAUCCCCAGAAACUCUAUCAUGGGACUCUUGUACAACUGGAAAACUUGUUCUCUGGUCACACGAUGCAUUCUAGGCUACUUCCUGACUUACUGGCUCCUGGGACUACUCCUGCAUUGCAACUUCCUACCUUGGACAUGACUUGGAGACUUAGGGGACAGGCUUGAAGCAGACUUAACCAGGGUCUGAAAGUAAAUACAUGCUGGGGCUGCCUGUGCUGCCCUGGAACCCUUACUCUGCCCUGUUAGAACCUCUCUCUCCUUGAAGGUUGGUUAGGAAUGGGAGAAGUGUGAGCCUCUAGAGAGCCCCUUCUGGUCCUGGCUAUGGCAGAUUUUAGGGUAGUAACUAUUUUCUCUGUAAAUGAAGAAAUAUUCUUCCAGGUCUAAAGCAUACCUGGAUCUGUCUUGUCAAUCAACCAUAGCAGAGAUAGUCUUAAACUUACCACCUACCCACACGUAAAUUUAAAUGUAAAUUAUUUAAAUGUGAAUUUCAUCAAAGGCUCUAGGUGAUAAGCUGGUCAUCGUCCACACAGUGAUGGUGGAGGCCUGGACAGUGUAGCCUAAGUAAGAUGGGACCAUCUUUCCUAAAUGGGACAUUGUUUCUGAUGACUUUUUUCAUGAUUUGUUCACUUAUUUAUAUGAAAAACCUUACAAAGAUAUGCAAAUUAAACAACUUUUGAUUAUA